CGUACAGAAGUUAACAUAUCAAAAAGACAGUAUAGCUUUCAUUGCUAUACUUUUCAUAAUUGAUUAAUAUUAGAAGUAUUCAAAGAAUUUUGUGUUUAUGACGAAUUUACAGUGUAAUUUAUUCCAUUCUUUAAAGUGUCUUAUAAAAAUUGUUAAUUUAAUCAAAUAAAUCAUUUUAAAAUGUCACUCAGUGCAAGUGCAGAAAAUCUAACGAGUGAGACACAGAAUUUUGAUGGUGGGGCCAGUAGUAUGUGUUUAGAAUUGGCGUUAGAAGGUGAACGGCUAUGUAAAUCAGGCGAUUGUCGGGCUGGUGUUGCAUUUUUACAAGCUGCUAUACAAGCCGGAACUGAUGAUUUAAGAACAUUAAGUGCAAUUUAUUCACAGCUUGGAAAUGCAUACUUCUAUCUUGGGGAUUAUGUUAAAGCUAUGCAAUAUCACAAACAUGAUCUUACAUUGGCUAGAACAAUGGGAGACAAAUUAGGCGAAGCAAAAUCAUCAGGAAAUCUGGGGAAUACGUUAAAAGUAAUGGGAAAAUUUGAUGAAGCGAUGAUUUGCUGUAAACGACAUUUAGAAAUUUCACGAGAAUUAGGUGAUCGAUUGAGUGAAGGUCGUGCUCUCUAUAAUUUGGGUAACGUGUACCAUGCGAAAGGGAAACAUAUUGGACGUGUUGGUCAACAAGAUCCUGGUGAAUUUCCAGAAGAUGUUAAAAGUUGUUUACAACAAGCUGUUACAUAUUACGAGGAAAAUUUGGCGUUAAUGUGUGAAUUAAAUGACGUAGCUGCACAAGGGCGCGCCUGUGGAAAUUUAGGCAAUACACAUUAUCUAUUGGGUGAUUUCGAAAAAGCAAUACAUUAUCAUGAGAAACGUUUAACAAUAGCUCGACAAUUUGGGGAUAAGGCUGCCGAACGACGUGCAAAUAGUAAUUUAGGCAAUUCACAUAUUUUUCUAGGACAAUUCGAAUCAGCUGCACAACAUUAUAAACGUACUUUAAUAUUAGCACAAGAAUUAGGUGAUAAAGCGGUCGAGGCACAAGCGUGCUAUAGUUUGGGGAAUACGUAUACGUUGUUACGGGAUUACCAGGCUGCAAUUGAAUAUCAUUUACGUCAUUUAUUAAUUGCCCAACAUUUACAAGAUCGUGUGGGAGAGGGUCGAGCAUGUUGGAGUUUAGGGAAUGCACAUGCUGCGUUACAAAAUCAUGAAAAGGCACUUUAUUUUGCUACUAAACAUUUAGAAAUCAGUGAUGAGCUUGGUGAUUCAAUGGGCCAAGCAACAGCUAAAAUGAAUAUAGCUGAUUUACGUAAAGUAUUGGGUCUUCCACAAGAUGAACCGAUCGAUGGUGCUACCUGCGAAGAUUUUGCUAAUGAUCACAAAGUAAAUUUAUCAUUUAAUGGUAUGGAAGUGGCGUCAUCAAAUGCCUCAUCAUCCGAAUCAUCUUCAAUACAAAACCAUAGAUUACAUAGGGUGAGACGCGAAAGCAUGGAACAGCUUAAUUUAAUUAAGUUAACGCCCGAUGGCAAACAACGAUCACAAUUAUCCUCCACAUCAGCAUUACCAACAGUAUCCUCUACCGCCACACAACCUUCUACAGUCACAACAACAAAACCCACAAAAGUCGAUGACGAAGAAUCAUUUUUCGAUUUAUUAUCCCGAUUUCAAUCGAAACGAAUGGAUGAUCAACGUUGUUCGUUACAACUCAACGACAAUAAAGAAAACCGUAACGGCAUUAAUUUAGUACAACCUUCAACAGCACCUGCACCAGGGAAAAAAACAAAUCAUAACAAUAAUGAAACAACAAAUGGAGUUAACGAUGGUCGGGACGAUUUACUAGAAAUGAUUGUUGGUAUGCAAUCAAAACGUAUGGACGAACAACGCGUAGAAUUAACACAUUUACCUGGUCUACAACCGAGUUCAUUACAACGAUUAACCGCUGUUGCUGAACCCGCACCAAACACACCUGAUGAUGCUUUUCUGGAGAUGAUUAUGCGAUGCCAAGGAUCACGUUUAGAGGAACAACGAUCAACGUUACCUGAAGUGGUUGAUACAGAAAGUGAACAUCAACCGCAUGGUACACCAAGUAUACGUGGUGCUACAGUACCUGAUGAGGAUUUCUUUUCACUUAUUAUGCGUUUUCAAUCGGGACGUAUGGAAGAUCAAAGAGCUACUGUUCCCAAACCUGAACCUAAACAAAAUAAUGAUGUAAAUGGUGGACCCACAGCAUCGUCAAGUGGAAAGAAUAAGAAAUAAAUACAAUUUUCACAUAUCUUUUAUAUUUAAAAAAAUAUAUAUAUAUAUAAACCUAUUUAAUAAUUUUGUGUGAAUUCUCAACAAACUUUAUCGAACAUAACUUUUUUGAGUCGAAGAAAUCAACUGAGUUUAAAUGUUUCCCUUGGAGGAAAAGGUAUAUUUAUGUACAUGCGGUCCCUGCCUAGAUUUGGACGGAUGAAGUUUGUUUAGGAUAUUUAAUGCAUUUUAAUAAUUUUGUUUUCUGAAGUGAAACUUUUUAAGUAUGUAAACGAAGAUAGAAAGCCAAACAUUUCGUGAUAGUGACAAUUGAACCUACAGAAAUCCAAUGAGGCUAGCGGACAUUCAGACGACUGUCGGGGAGGACAGAAGUGUUCUCGUUUUGGAAGGAAGUCUGAUUUUUUGGGACAAAAUGGUUCAUGUUUACGGUAUAUGAUAAAAUGAAAUCUAUAAUUUGGUUCCUAUUCGUUCUUCGGUUCUUAUUCGAUGUGAAUUUGAUAAAAUUUGUUAUCAAGUUUUCGAGCACUAAGGAAGUUUCACAUCUAUUGUAUAUAUUCACAAUUAAAUUUUUUUGUUUCAAUUUUUAACUGCCAUAAAAUAUGUAUAUCAAUAGAAAAAAACGAAUAUGAAGCAGACGAAAAAAGAAGGCCAUACGUACAUCAUAUUUUUUAGUAAAAUUGUAUAAAUAUUAGGAGCCUCUCCAUUUUAAGUCACAGCUGAAUAGAUCUUCAACGAAAAGGUCUAGGGAAAAUCUUGGCACACAAGUGAAAUUUACAAAAUUGGUAUUUGCAGCUCUCUCUAAACUGAUCCGAUUUUCUUGGAACAUAGCUAAGAACAAUCUCCGCCUUUCGUACAAAAAAUCAAAAUCGAUUCAUUCAUUUAAGAGCUACGAUUCCAUAGACAGGCAAACACAAAUAGCGGUCAAACUUAUAAAAUCCUUUUUAAGAUUAGGUUAGGUUAGAGUGGCUGCCCUGGGGUGGGACAAACUUGAACCAUAGGGUCCAUUGUGAUACCGAAAAGGAUUUACUCAUCCCCUACCACUACUCUAUGAAACAUUUGGAGCUGUUUAAGAACAGCAGGGAAGAUGAGACAUCGACUUCUCCUCAAGGAAAUAUAUUACAUUGUUCAAUAUUGUUUUGGAGUCUUUUUUAACUUGAAGUUUUCGAAAAAAAUACUUUUUUUAUUGUCAGAUAGGAAGCACUUUUAGGUUUAUGCCUCCGAACAAAACCCUAUUUAUCUCAAAAAAGCCUUUUUCUUGAAGAAAUAUUCAGCUGGGGUUUUUAAAAUAGACAUUUUGUAGAUUCUACUUAUAUUUAUAAAAAAAUAUUUGUUGAUAUUUUUAUUCCAAACAAGACUUGUUGCUCGUUUGCUUUUAAUUUUGAUCAUAAAAACGUUUGACUGACAAUCUUUUAAGUUUAAGGGCCAAAUUCACUUCUUCUGAUUAUAUCUUUCUUAAUUGGAUUUUUUUCGUUUUACUUGGUUUUUAUUAUACAGGUAUUCUAUUUACAAAAUAUUAUUUGAGAAGUUGUAUUUGUCUUACUUCCAGGCGAAUUGUUUUAAGUGAGACUUCGUCUCAAUAAUUAAUCGAAGCUGGUGGACUUAAGUCCUGAUAUAUUUUGUACAAAUAACAUUAAUUACCUAAUUUUAAUAAUUGGCAUCCCGAAAGAAAAAAAACUAAAAAAAAAGGUACAAUUAUAUUUAUGUUAAAGAAUUCACUAAAACCGCAUUCAUUAAUAACCCACCUUCUCUAAGUCAUCAAAAUAAUAAGUUAAACUUUAAGUCCACGCAUUUUAAUUCAAGGCUGAUAACAUAAUUUAGAUCUCUUAUAGAAUUUUAUAUUUAAAAAAA